AUGCCCAGCUUCAAAGCCCGCAUCCUCAGCUGGAUCAUCUGGUGGUGGUUCAAGAGCACAUGGAGUUCAGCAGAGGGCAUCAACAACCGCAUCGCCAAGGAGCGUCUUCGUCCCGAGCGUGUACCUCCCAAGCACCUCUACAAGGAGUUCGCUGUUGAGGAGUACAAGAGAAAGGGCCACAUCGCGAAUUAUGUCGUUUACAUAGUCUCUCCAAAGACAGAGACGCCGACUCGUGGUCGAAUCUUGUAUCUCCAUGGCGGUGGCUUCGUCUUUGAUAUCACGCCCCAGCAUUGGGAGCUGGUGGCUCAGCUUGCGAGGCGUCUGAAUGCUACUGUUACCGUACCGAUAUACCCGCUUGGCCCUGAGACGUCGCUUAUGAAGAUGUAUGAGUUCGUGCAGCCGCUCCACGACGAACUCGCAUCGGCACCAGAUCGGACGCCGUUUUGGAUUGUGGGUGAUUCAGCUGGAGGGACCAUGGCUCUUGUCCUCACGCAGAAUGCCAAGUUGGCUGGUAGACAGACCGCGCAGAGAAUUGUGCCCAUCACGCCUUGCACUGAUUCCAGUCUUGUCAACCCUGAACUCCACAAUGCAGCGCUCAAGGAUCCAUGGCUGGACGUCCCUGGCAUCGCCGAGAUCACAAGACUCAUCUGUCCAGAGAUGAAUACUCAGCAUCCCAAUGUUAGUCCCAUAUACGGAGAUCUGAGACUACCGCCGAUGUUGGUGUUUGCAGGUGGCUUGGAUCUCCUGACGCCUGAUACCAAGAAGAUGGUCGAGAUGGCCAAGGAGCAGGGUACAAAGGUCGAGCUGGUGUAUGGAGAGGGCAUGAUACACGUUUGGCCCAUUCUACCAAUUCAAGAGGGCAGGCAAGCCGUGGACAAGAUGGUCGAAUGGUUGGGAAUCAGUUGA